AUGGCUCGUGGCAAGAAGAAAGGAGGUCGUCAAGGCGAUGAUUCUGACCCAGAGGCAGCGUUAUUUGUGGUGCCUGUAUCACUAAGUGAAAAUGAUAAGAAGGCAGCGCAUAAGAAGAAGCUGAAGACGCGGAAAGCACAGCGUCAGGGCAUGAAGACUCAGGAAGAGCAGGCGAGUCAUUGUACGGCCUCAGAUGCAGAGGAACAAGGGGAAGAAGUAGAAGAGGAGAAAGAGGAAAAUGCAUACGAUCAAGUGGUUUCUACUUUGAGUAAGAAGAGGAGUAAGAAGAAGAAGAAUGUCGUGAAUUUUGCUGCUCUAAUGAACGACAAGGUGACGGACAAGAAGAAGAAGAAAAAGAAGAAAUUAAAUUUUCUUUUUGAUCCAAAAGAUGAGGAAGAUGAGGUGAAAAGAAGUGGGGAGAAGACAGAAAAGAAGAGCAAGAAGGAGAAAGAUGGUAAACGUCUCAGUAAUAAGGAGCGCAAGCGCAUUAAAGAGGAACAGGGGCGUCAGGAACGUGAGAAAGAGUAUUUUCGCGCCGCUAACCCUAUGGACGGCGCGCAGUUUUCUGUGUCGCAGCAGGCCUUCACGGAGGAUUCAAACUGGGAGAACGCUACUGACAUCCAUAUCGAAAACUUUAGCAUAAACGCGCACAACAAAUUGUUGUACGAUAACGCGUCGCUGCACAUAAAUGCUGGUGGCAAGUACGGCCUUGUGGGUCCAAACGGUCAGGGUAAAACCACAAUUUUGAAGAUGAUUGCGCUCGGGGAGCUUAAAAUCCCACCCAAGAUUGACUGCCUGUAUGUGGAGCAGGAAGUCGUGGCCGAUGACACGCGAGCUGUAGACGCUGUACUGAUGGCUGACGCCGAGCGCUGGGCGCUAUUGGAGGAAGAGAAGCACCUUCUUACCGAGCUGGAAACCAAGCAGGACUCGGCUUUGGACGACCGGCUGAACGAGGUGUAUGAGCAGCUGUCGCACAUGAACGCGUCUGCUGCAGAAGCUCGCGCACGCCGCAUUCUUUUCGGUCUGGGUUUUGACUCAGCGAUGCAGGAGAAGGUCACGAAAGACUUUUCAGGUGGUUGGCGUAUGCGGAUUUCCCUGGCCAAGGCUUUGUAUGUCGAGCCGACGCUGCUGAUGCUUGAUGAACCGACAAACCACUUGGAUUUGAACGCUGUCAUUUGGCUCGACGAUUAUUUGCAGAAGUGGAAGAAAACGCUGCUUGUGGUGUCUCACGACGCUGACUUUUUGAACAGCGUGUGCUCAGAGGUGCUGCAUCUUGAGAACAAGAAAAUUGUGCACUACAAGGGUAAUUACGAUAUGUUUUGUGAGAUGGAGAAACAGAAGCGGAAGCAGAUGGAAAAGGCGUGGGAGAAACAGCAGAAGCAGCUUCGUAACCUUAAGGCUUCGGGUAAGUCCUCCAAGAAGGCUACUGAGAUUGUGAAAAAGAAACGUGAGCCAGGCGCUCGUGCUAUAAAGAAGAAGGCUGUAACGCCUGACGAUGCUGCGGAUGCGUCAGCCCCUGUGGAUCUUCUAGAACGACCAAAGGAGUACAUUGUGCAAUUUAGCUUUCCCGAAACUACGGUCGUGCCGCCGCCCAUUCUUGAGGUGCGCGACGCCAGUUUUCGCUAUGGUGACGGUCCGUACUUGUUUAAGAACACGGACUUUGGUAUUGACACGACAUCACGCGUAUGUAUUGUGGGUCCCAACGGUGUGGGUAAGAGUACACUGCUGAAGAUGAUUACGGGCGAGGUGACUGUGAAGGAGGGCGAGGUACGCCGCAACCCGCGUGUCCGGCUAGGUAUCUACAACCAGCACUUUGUGGACAAGCUGCCGAUGGGCGAGACGCCUGUGGAGUACCUGCGCCGCCUGUUCCAAGACCAGUCGUACCAGCAGGUGAGAAACCUGCUCGGGAAGGUUGGUCUUGAAGGCCAUGCGCACGAGAUCAAGAACCGGCUGCUGUCAGGUGGUCAGAAAGCCCGUGUAGUGAUUGCUGAGCUGAUUUUGAUGCGCCCGCACAUUUUGAUUUUGGACGAGCCGACGAAUAAUUUGGACAUUGAGUCCAUUGACGCGCUGUGCGAUGCCAUUCGCGAGUAUGAAGGUGGCGUGGUGAUUGUGACGCACGACGCGCGUCUGAUUGAGUCGACGGAGUGCGUGCUAUGGGUCUGUGGUGAUCAAGGCGUUGUAGUGUAUGACGGCACGUUUGAGGACUAUAAGCAGUCAAUCCUGGAUGACUUGCACAAGCAGGCGCAGGCUGAGGAGAUGCGUCUUGCGGAUAAUGCUGCCAAGAAGGCCGAAGCUCGUGUCCAAAAGCUUAAGCAUUUGACGGCCAUGAGUAGUGAGGCUGAGGAAUAA